AUGUGUGCCGCCGUUGAAGCCGCGGUGAAGAACCCCAAGGAUCCUGCCGUCAACGAUGCAGGCAAGAAGGACGACGGCAUGCUCACCGCGUCAUUUGAGGCGGCGCAGCUUUUUAACGACGAUGGCCGACAGCAAGGGUUCGCGCCGGGCGCUGCGGCCAGGGCCAUGCCGGGGCUGCGGGAACAGCGGAAGACGCGCCAGUUCUGCGACGUCGUUUUCCGUGCCAACGACGACGCCGAGAUUUGGGCGCAUCGCUUCGUGAUGUCUGCCAAAUAUUCCGGUUGCUCUGCGCUCAUUACUCUUGCUAAAGAAACCAUGCCUCCCGAGCAAAGGAAGCAGGUGGGAUGUCCGCCUAUCAAAGCUGUGAUCAAGGACCUGGAAGGCGAUAUGAUCGAGCUGCUGGUCGACUUCGCCUACCACAUACCGCUCCACGAGCGCAUCGGCACGCACAACAUCGUGAGAGUGCUCGAACUCGCCGAGAGACUGAAGCUCUUCCAGAUUCGAGACCACUGCCUGAAGACCUUGCAGCGGGACCUCGAACCAGAGAACUGCAUCGAAACUUACCACCUGGCCACCAACCGCGGAUACGUCUACCUCGCCGAAGAAGCACUUCGCUACAUGGUUCGCUACUUCGAUCGGAGAUAG